UCCUCCCAGUCCUCCAAGAAGACGACUCCGCCAGUAAGCAAUCCUCACACAAGACAGACGCAGCGUGACUGAAACACGAAGCACAGAGGAGGCGUUUGUGGACUAUAUUUUCAUUAUUGUUUUCAUAUUUUGAUAUUUCCAACAUGUUUGUUUCGUUGGAGAAGUGACAAGACACUCAAUGGAUUUUGCUGCCUGUGUCGAAUAUUAAUGCGCGUCUCCGAAUGACACCGCAGGUCCCCCAUGGAAGAUGUGCAAAGCUGAGAUUUGCCACUGACGAAACAUCCACAGUCAUGGAAUUUGUACACAUCUUUAUAAGGAUAUCCCUCUGACUCCAACAUUCAUGGUGUUUGAAGACUUGCAAUAUUACCUGGAUUCCCUCUAACCAUGGUUGGGGUUUCACCGCCGUGUUGACUGUGUCCACCACAGUCAGGGAUCACUUUUUUUGUUUUUUCGGAAGUGCAUGCCACUGUCAACCAGAUGACCGAGUGGACAGUUGUUUCUCUGUAGCACUGCUGAGCCAUACGAGGGGAUCCUAGUAUUGAACAUGACUCAUGGGGAGGAGCCUGGCCCUGAAACACACAAGGAUUCAGCUGUUUUAACUUAUCUGGAAGGUUUACUGAUGCAUCCAGUGGUGGCCGGGCCUGGGGCCACGGCAAGCAGGAGGUCUGAGGCUGCCCACAGCAACCAGGAUCAGGGUGACAAGACAGGUGCACCCUUUCAACUACCUACACUUGGCCCAACAGCUCCCAAGGCUGGAAGCAAUGGACCAGCCAUAGGUGCUUCACAGCACUUGAAGAAGGCCCGGCUCCUGCGCUCAGGGGCCUGGAAUGAUCCAGGGAACCAGCGUUUGAGUUCACCACCAGUGGAGCUUAAUGGCCAAGGGGGAGGCCUACAAAAUGGGUCACGAGAGGGUUCUCCUCAUGGUGGGGAGAGUACCCUUUUGGCUUCCCUGCUUCAGUCGUUCAGCUCGCGGCUUCAGAAUGUGGCAAUGUCCCAGCACACUAACAAGCCACCAAGUGAGUGCUCCUCUCCAUCCAGUGCGCCACCGGCAGACAAAGAGCCGCUUCCUGUGUAUGGGACAGCCUCAAGCCGCUUGAAGGGCUUAAUGAGAACAAGCAAACUUCAAAAUCACAGCAAAACCCCUUACAGUCGUCGUGGAAACAGUCACGACAGACCGCCGGAAUCACCCCGGGCAGCACACAGCGCCACACCCCCCUCUGCAACUACAGCUUCUGAAUCAGUGUCCUGUGCAGAGCGCUUGAAGGCUGUUGCCAACAUGGUGAAAAUACGUUCCAGCCCCGCCCCUUCACCCAAGCCGAGUGUUGCCUGCAGUCAGCUUGCCCUCCUGUUGUCCAGUGAAGCUCACCUCCAGCAAUACUCACGAGAGCAUGCACUCAAAGCUCAGCUCUCAGGAAGGUCUGCCAGUGAGAGACUAGCUGCCAUGGCAAACCAGCAACAUGGCCUCGAGAAAAUGCCUGGGGGGACUCUGCCGGGAACUUCAGAGACACUAAGCUCUGUAACAGCCCAAAACGUAAUGACAAAUACAAACCCACUAACAGCAACACUCCCUCGAACAGCCAUGUCUAGUCCACAGAGCCCCCCUUUGCUGUGUGAGCACACCCAAAACUCAUCACCCACUCCCCCACGCACUCUAAGCCACAUUCACGGCCAACCCCCUAGGGAAAAACGAGGCUUUGACUCCCGUCCAACUCGCCCCCCACAAACAUGCAGUAGUUUGCUGUUGCUGCUACUCAACAAUCACAACAACCAGAAACAACUGACAAAAAAUGGACAUCUGGAGGACAGCUACGGCGUGCUGCCACCAAGCGGUUCCUCCUCAGUUACAUCAGACAGUGAAUGCUCCACUCAUGACAAGACCCUGACCAAGGACAGCAGUGACGCAGAGAGUUCCUACUCAAGCUGCUCUCCCAUGGACCUCUCAAUGAGAAACCGGGCCAACAGACAAGACAAAGGCCAAAAUUCUUCCACCCCUCCUUCUUCCUCUGCCUCAUUUUCGUCCUCAUCGCACUCUUCCUUCACCACAAAUAUUUCCUCAAAUGCAACGACAUUCGCUCCUCAUUGUACUCAUGCUCCACCAACUAAUACGGCCUUUUCACCACCGUCCACUGUUGUCUCUUCUGCCUCCAAUGCUACUUCUUCAUCUUCCUCCUCGUCUGUAUCUACGUCCUCCUUGGAAAAACUAACAGAAUCUUUACUUAAAAAGUGGAAGCCCGAGCCGUCAGGAACAAACAUGGUGAAGAGCAAAGAGCAUGAAAUUAACGCAGACCUAAAAUCCAAGUCUAAGGUCACAUUAAUGCAGCUUCUUCUUGAGCGCAGAAAUAAUGAUUUGGGUAACAAGAUGAUAGAUAAGGAAUUGCCACUUGAUAUAACGAUGGCCACUAUGUCUCAAAGUCAACCUAAAGGACUUGUGCCCUGGGAGGAGUCCAGGACAAAAAGCCCAAUAGAAAAGCCUGUAGCCCCGGCACAGCCACCGUUCGCGCUCAGUCGUGUACCAAGUGGUGCAUUGUCCCCGUACCCUCCCUCUCCUCAGGUCCAGUCCAGCCCAUUGGAUUUGUGCAAGUCUAAAGCCUUCCCCGCUGAGAAGGGUAAAGAGCCAGCCUUCAGUGCCAGUAAACUGUUACAAAAUCUGGCUCAGUCUGGGAUUGCUUCAUCCUCUCCACCAAUCCCAUCCAGCAAAGGGUUGGGUCAGGACCUUGAUACUGGCAGGCCCUUAUCCUCAUUAGAAAGACUCAAUGCUCCAGUCAACAGGACCACACCCGUCCCACUUUCUGAUGGACCUGCAGGAAGCGGGACACCUUUAAACCGGCACGAAACAUUUCCUCCCUCUUCACAGAUAGAAAACCUUUUGGAGAGACGCACCGUGCUGCAGCUCCUACUAGGGGCGGGCUCAAAUACUGCUUCAGUCCACCGCAAGGACAGGCCUGUUGGGAUUGGCAGGAGUGCAGAGUUGGAAGGGGGUAGUAAUGACAGCAGCCCCAACGUCUCUAACAUCUGUGACAGCUCUGACGUGCCAACUGUUAAUGUAAGGGUGAAAACAGAGCUCAGGGAGGAGGUGGCACCGUCCUCUGCCGUGUCUGAGAUCUUGAUUAGCAGAAAAAGACAGAGCAGCUUUGAGAAACAAACCCCUCCGCCAGAUGAUCAGUCAGACUUAAAAGCAAAACAUCGACCGGUGGAAGUUAUUGCAAAAUAUGGUCUACUCAGCCAGUUGCUUAAACAGCAAACUGCCACCUACUACAGCAGUGCUGUUGUGCAGACAGAGUCACAACCUAGGCAGGUAAAAGAGGAAAAGAAAGAGUAUCCCAGCCCCAGUCCGAAGAAAAGACAUCUGUGCUCUGAUCAGACUGAUGGUUUGAACAAUACCAGCUCUCCAAGAGCCUUAGAAAGGGGCAACACAAACAUGUUUGCCUCUUCUGGCGCCCAGGAUGAGCCUGAAAAGCAGAGGCAUCUGAAGGAAGAGGAGCUUCCUACCAGGAGCCCCCCAAGAGAAACCUUUCCCCGAGAGAGUCGGGGAUUCAAUGUGCUCAAGCAGUUGCUGCUCUCUGACAACUGCCUGAAGGAGUUGUCCCAGGAGCACCGUGGGGGACCUUCCAUCGUGCAGGCCAACGGCAGAGCUAACGGCAGCCUCCUCAGUCAACCUGCCCAUAACCACAACUUCCUUCACCUGCCCAGCUGGCACCCCCACGGUUCGCUCAACUCAGGGCUUCCAAGUAAUGUCAGAACACUGUCUGCCCCUCCUGCAAGCGACAGCCCCCGAGGUCAUCACCCAACACCCUGGCAAGCACCACACAAAAGGGACCCGCCUCAUCUCGUCAAACAGGAGCCGGAGAGUCCCGUUCGAUGGAGUAGUCAAGGGAACGAUGAGGGCUGCGACUCAAACCCGGACUCUCCUCGCCUGUCACGUUCCAAUCCCAUCCUUUAUUACAUGCUGCAGAAGGGCAGCGUGCAGCUCAGAAAGGAGGUGAAGGACCAGGCGGAAGGAACUCAGACUGUAGUCCACGUUAAAGAAGAGCCAGUCAGUGACAUGCAUGCCUAUGAACAAAGUCUGAGCUCCACACCACAAUCGCCAACAGACCGCCAUGACAAGCACAGCCAGGAGAACCAGAGGUUGAGUCAUGAGUAGACGCAAACAAAUGUCAUUUGAAUGCACACUUUGAUUUCUGUCUUCUGUCAUUACUGCAAAUCAGGUGUGUCUUUGCUACAUGUCCAGUUGAAUCCACUGGCUGAUACGCAUCAGCAUCGGCUUUAUAUUAUAUAUAAAGCAUGCCCUGUAUAAUUGAUCUUUCACCGCAACUGUUAUCUGAGGCUUUCUAUUGGUUAAAUGCAUCAAACUCGGAACGUCCUCAUUGUUGCCAAGCAUAAAACAUUUAAACAGAACAUUUCAAGUGACAUUUAUUAUUGAUGACUCCAAAAAUGGUAACACUCUGUUCAGUGGACAUGUAUUAUUUUAUUUUCACCAUCAGAACAUGUUAACUAACAGUGCCAUCAACUUUUAAAAAGUCAUUGUCGGGUAGUCACAAGUGUCUAUACAUCCUGAAUCGACUGAAAAGGAAGGCCUUGAACGUUCUUGUUGUUUUCUCACGCUUUGAAGUGUAAAAUAACGGCAGUGGAGUGAGACACAAUCUUUUAGUUUUGCUUUAAUUUCUACGUGGAACAGUGCAAAUUCAGGGAGGUGUUGUUUGCGGAUCGUGCAGUUCCUAUCGAGUGCGCGUGUGGUGCUUUGGGCUGUUUUGGAAGGAGCUUUCUGGAGCGACGGUUAAAAGGUCUGCAAAGUCUGUCAAACUAAGCUUACCACCCCCCCAGUGGGAACGCGCACCACUUACAUUUGUGCACACAAAGUUUGAAUAUCAAGCACAUUGGCGUUGUCUCUUGAUUUUAUACGAAGGAGAAGCCGAGCCCCUCCUUGUCCUUCCCACCAUAAUUCAAUGGCAUGUGGUAAAAAUGUCAGUGUUAUCUGUUGGCAAUUUUGACAGCUGGUGAUUUUUUCCCCUCCCUCCCCAAUUUCUUAACUGUUGUGGUUUAUGAAAACGUUUGUGGCUGUCUCUUGAUUCAUUUAAAAAAAAAAACGGAAAAAAAGAAGUGCAUGAUAAUGACGAGAAGAGCGCGGGUACAUCUUUGUUCCGAAAACAUGGAUUGUACUGUAUUUUCAUUUCAAACUUCACUUGCUGCUUUAUCCAACGAGUAUUGUGAUCUUUUACUACAUCUGCAUAUUAUGAAUACAUUUUCACAAUGGUUAAAUGUAUUUGUGUAAAUAGUACUUUCAGUAUGAAAGAUGACUAUUUUGUAAUGUUUAAGCAAAGAUAUGACCCUAGUUUUUAAUGCCCUGAUAUGUAAAUAUGAAUUCUAUGCGUACACGUGUACAUACAAAGGCAGAGGAUGAUAUAUCCUUUUUUUUGCUUGGAUGGUUUGUUCUUUGCAUGUGUCUAUGUGGUAAAUGAUAAUCUAUCCUGCACUGUGUUGUGUACUAAUGUCCGACUCUCCUCACUGCUGCCUGUUGCAUGCAGACGCAUGGGAACUACCUUUGUAUCCCUCUUGGUGAUGAUGCAGGGGAAAUGUUAAGUCUUAAAAAAAAAAGGUUUUUUUUUUUUAAAUCACACCGAGAGGUUCUUUGAGAAUCUGAAUGGUCCUUAAAUAACCACAGACUGUUGAACCAGUUGAUGGAAAUGUGUGAAGAAUAUAAACGUGCAUUGAAUAUUUUUUCUGUUACUGGUUAACAAAAGCUCUGUGAAAGGGCUAUAGUGGGAAAUUGACGUACAAUCAUAGAUCUGCAUUGUGCAUCUAAGAAUUUGUAGCAGCAAAUAUUUAAAAGAUGUUUUUUUGUUUUUGUUUUUCAUGUGAAGACCAGAAGCAUAAUUUCAUUUUAUAUGUUUUCAUUUUUUGGUGUUCAUUUGCACUGAUAUCUCUGAAAUAAAGUUGUAAAAUGCA